AUGAAGAUCGUCGAGUCUCAAGCCGCCGUGCUCUCCAACUUUGAGGUCUACCAGCACCUCACCGAGCAGCGUGACCGCUACAAGAAGAACAAGCGUCGGGGACCCCCCAAUCUCGAGACGGUUGUCCGUGAGCUUCUACAAUACAUGCGCACCCAUCCCGGCCCCCUCAGCCAGGAUCCCCUCACUUAUUCCCCAGGCUGCAUCGCCAAGCUGCUUGAGCGUCUGCGCCCCUACAACCUCGCCAAGGGUGAAGUUGUCAUGCUCUUGAAUCUGCGCCCGGCCUCCGUUGCCGCCCUCAACACUGUCGUCGAGGACAUGGCCGAGCGGUUCGAUGAAGAGCAGCAGGAGGCUAUCGUCACGGCUAUUUCUGACGUCCUGGGCCAGUUCCCCGCCAGUGCCGAGGCACAGGAUGACGGUGAGGCGGCCGGUGAUGUCGAUAUGGGCGAUAGCACGACUGCUUGA